AUGUCUUAAUAACCUUUAAUUGAAAUUCCAACACUGAAUCAUAAUGAUAGUCAAUAAUAAGUGCCUAAAGAAAAAUCAAGCAAACUGUAAAAAUAAUCAAGCUUUGAUCAUCUAUCAGUUCAUAGUUUUAAAAGUGGCUUAACGUAUAUUAGAGAUUCAUGGAAGAGUGGAAUGGCUUAGACUAUAUUGAAUAUGCCAUUUCACUUAACUAUUGGUAGUAGUUCAGGUUGUAAUGCUUCUGUUGGUGUCACUACAGCAUUUAUUGCAGCACUUACUAAUGGAUUUUUUAGUGGAAGUAUUUUAUUAAAGAUAAAUAAGGUAACCAUUCAAUAUAUAUGCCAUCUUGGGUAGUAAUUGGAUUGAAUUAUUAAUUAGUAAAGACAUAUGGUGUUGAAGUUAUGCCUUGGAUCACAAUAAUAGUGGGAAUCUACAUUUAUAUAGCAGGAUUAUUAAAAUGGCAUCAUUUAUCUGAUUUUAUUCCAGUUUAUGUUAUAGAAGGAUUCUUAUUGGGAAUUUCAAGUUUAUUUUUUUUUUCAUAUAGUGAUUAUAUGUUUGGUUUAACAGAUAAUCAUUCUAAUAGAGGAGUUGAACUUUAUUCAUCUUAUUAUGAUAUGUUUAAAUCUUUUUCAGAAAGAGGAGAUUUAAAUUAUUUUAUUGGUGCAUGGUGUGUUUUUCUAUUUUUGUAGAUGGGUAGAAUAUUUUUUAGAUAAUUUCCAUGGAUACUUAUAACUACUUUAACUGGAUUGACAUUAGGUAUACUAUAUCCAACUGAAAAAUGUUUGAGAUCAGCUUAUGGAGAAGUCACAAUAUAUUUUAAUUUUAUAGAAUAUGAUGGUCCAAAAUUUCAUCCUAAUUUUUAAGUUGUUAGUCAUCUUUUAAUAGAGGCUAUUCCAAUUACACUUUUUAUUUUGAUAUAAAAUCAAUUUUGUGCAAGGGCAGGUUAAUCUUUAAGUGGAGUUAAAUGUGAUUAUGAUUAGGAAAUAUAAUGUGUAUCCACUGCUAAUAUAUUAAGUGGUAUAUUUGGUGGAUUGCCUUGUUGUGCAUCUUCAAGAAUGUAUAUUCUAGAUAUCAAAUUACGUAAAACAAAUUAAUGGUCUUCCAUACUUAAUGCAUUAUCAAUACUAUUCUUUUAUGGUGUUUUUAGUAAAUUUUUCAUGGAUAUACCCUUCUAUAUUAUAAGUGGUUAAUUGUUAUACAUGAUUAUCAAUAUACCACCUUGGCAUUACUAUGUUAAUUUAUACAAAACCUAAAGAAAAUUAAUUUUAUUCUAUAUUUUUUGUAUUGCUUGGUUGUGUGUUAAUUAUGGAGCUAUUCAAAGUACACUUAUAGGUAGUAUGCAUGCUCUAAUUAUAUUUGCCAAAAAUAUGAGUUCACCUUCUGCAGAAGUAAUGACCAAUUAAAAGGAAGGAGUUUAUUAAAUAAAUUUAAGAGAUACUAAUCUUCAUGAAUUUGAAGAAGAAUGCAAUGACAUUCCUCCAAAUCUAGAUGGUACUUUUACUAUUUACAGAUUUAAUGGAGCCUUAAAUUAUAUCAAUAUAAAAGGACAUAUCGAUUAAAUCAAAGAAUUAGCCAAAACAGAUAAUUUCAUACUUAGUUUCAGAUAUGUUUGCAUUUUCGAUUUUUAAGCAGUUGAUAGUUUAGCAAUUAUUAUAGAUAAUAUGAGAAGUAUAAAAGUAUUUAAAACAUAGAAAACAGUACUUAAGUUUAUGUUACUGGAUUACAUCCUGGAAUGUUAGAAUAAUUGAGUGAGAACCACAUUUUUAAAGAUUAUUUUACAAAUGAAAGCAACAUGUUUCAUCAUAUAGAUAAAUUGCCCUCUUCAUGA